AUGGACAAAAUAUCAAAUGAUAUAUCAACUAGCGGCUCGAUUGCAUCAACAACAAUUCCAACUGAAAGGCGUGCUCUUAGUGAAGUAAUGCAUAGUACAAAACGUUCAGGUGGUAAUUAUGGUAGUUUGGCUAAAUCACAAUUACAACCUACAUAUUAUAUUUGUCAUAAAGUUGAAUCAAAUGAUACAAUGCAAAGACUUGCGUUAAAAUAUAGCAUUAAUAUUCAAGAGAUUAAAAGAGUUAAUAAAUUAUGGUCAGACGCUGAAUUAAAUUUACUUGAAAAUGUAUAUAUUCCUAUUAAUUUAUCUCAAUUGUCAACAUUACGAACUUUAUAUUCAACAUUAAAUGUUGUUCAAAAUCCAUCGCCAACAACUAACACUAUAAGAAGAUCAUUAACAAAUGCAACGACAAAUGAUGAAACUACAUCAUCUAUGCAAACAUCCGAUAGUUCAACUUCUAUUCCGACAACGACAAUGUCUUCCUAUGGAGAUUAUUUUUCAAAAAUUGAUCAACAAAUACGAACAUCAAAAAAGAAUCUACAAUCAUUUGAUGUUAAUAAACCAUAUUCAAAAUCUGUAUCAAAUGAAAUUUCUUCUUCAUCAAAUAUAUCCAAUGAUAAUAAUAAUGAUGAUUUAGAUUCUUCUCAAAAUGGUCGUACAAUUGUAUGGAGUAAUGGACGACAUAAAGGUAUUCAUCAUCUAUCAGACAAUAGUGUAUUUGUGAAUAUAGCAACAAACAAUUCACGCGAAAAACAUGUUUCAGCUGCACUUGAACGAAUUCGACGAGAACGAGAUGAUUUUGAUGAAUUAUAA